AUGUAUCCGUACUUCCACAGCGUACUGGCACAGUCCUGUGCUACCAAUAUCGGUUACCAUCAACCACAGCAGCAGCUGAUGAGCCUCGAGAGACUGCCGUUUGGUGCCCAAGGCCCAGCGUUGACCACACCGUCAGGCAUGAAUUUUGCCAUUUCUGCAUAUCCAACUCUCGAUCCCAUAACUGCAGCGACCGUGAAAGCUUUCGGCUUUGGAGUAUUUGAUCCAAGGAAUUCACGAUUUGUGCAGGAAGAGCCAAAACCCCAACAUAGCUACAUCGGCUUGAUCGCAAUGGCCAUUCUUAGCAGCGAAGAAAAGAAGAUGGUGCUUUGUGAUAUUUACCAGUGGAUACUGGACCAUUAUUCAUACUUCCGCAGUCGAGGACCUGGAUGGCGAAACAGCAUUCGUCACAAUUUGUCUCUGAACGACUGUUUCAUAAAAGCGGGUCGAAGUGCCAACGGCAAAGGACACUACUGGGCUAUUCAUCCGGCUAAUAUCGAAGACUUUAAAAAGGGCGACUUUCGUAGGCGUCGCGCACAGCGAAAAGUACGUCGUCAUAUGGGCCUUACCGGAGGCGAUGAUGGAGAAGAUUCUGACGGUAGUAUCACUCCUGAUCCUUUGACUCAUGAGGAACCAAGUACAAAGUGUAAAGAUUCCCUUGAAGAAUCCAAGGAUUGCAAAGCUUCCUGUUCCCCAAAGGCGCCAUCUUGUUUGGACCAAAAAACACGCAACUCACCUGUAUUGAUAAAGAAGCGAAAAUUCGAUGUAGAAAGUUUGUUAGCCCCUGAUGAGGGAAGGAAAAGUCCCCAGAAUUCUGCAAUCGAUUUUGCAACGCUGAGUCCUACUCUUGCAAACUUCAACAUGGACAUGAACACGCAAACUCCAAUUGGCAUUUCGCUAUCAUCUUUGGCUACUGUUGCUGACUUGCAACAGAGUCUCCUCUCUGCACCGUUGCCUAUGGGCAAUGUGCUAAAUCAUCCCGAGUCUCUGGAAACAUGGAUACGAACUAACGGUGUUUGGGUAAGCAGUCAAAACGAUGGUCAAACAGCAACGAGAAGCCAGACAAUCUUUAGUCCUCUGUCUGCUGAAAAAUGGCACCAGAGCUUCGCCAAAAUAAUGGCUCGAUCUUACCAUGCCAAAGACCUCUUCAACAGAGUAGAAUUCCCAGGUACCAAUUCCGGGUUCAGCAGUGUGAAGCCGACUGACCAACGUCAUGACAGUCAGUGA